AUGACUAGCACCCACAAAGCCCCUCGAGGCUAUUGGUUGUCUGUCUUGGAUACGGUGGAGUACGACAAGGAGUUCUCCCCCCGCCAGCGACACCACAAAGAGUUCAAGUUCAACUUAUCCCAGAUUCCUGAGGGUGAGGCGGUGACGGCUGCAGAAUUCCGCAUCUACAAGGACUGUGUUGUGGGGAGUUUUAAAAACCAAACUUUUCUUAUCAGCAUUUACCAAGUCUUACAGGAGCAUCAGCACAGAGACUCUGACCUAUUUUUGUUGGACACCCGUGUAGUGUGGGCCUCAGAAGAAGGCUGGCUGGAAUUUGACAUCACGGCCACUAGCAAUCUGUGGGUCGUGACCCCACAGCAUAACAUGGGGCUUCAGCUGAGUGUGGUGACGCGGGAUGGAGUCCAUAUCCACCCCCGAGCUGCAGGCCUGGUGGGCAGAGACGGCCCUUACGAUAAGCAGCCCUUCAUGGUGGCUUUCUUCAAAGUGAGCGAGGUCCACGUGCGCUCCACCAGGUCAGCCUCCGGCCGGCGCCGACAACAGAGCCGCAACCGCUCCACCCAGUCCCAGGACGUGUCCCGGGUCUCUAGUGCUUCAGAUUACAACAGCAGUGAGCUGAAAACAGCCUGCCGGAAGCAUGAGCUUUAUGUAAGCUUCCAAGACCUGGGGUGGCAGGACUGGAUCAUCGCACCCAAGGGCUACGCUGCCAAUUACUGUGAUGGAGAAUGCUCCUUCCCGCUCAAUGCACACAUGAAUGCAACCAACCAUGCCAUCGUGCAGACCUUGGUUCACCUUAUGAAUCCUGAGUAUGUCCCCAAACCAUGCUGUGCACCAACCAAACUAAAUGCCAUCUCAGUUCUUUACUUUGAUGAUAACUCCAACGUCAUCUUGAAAAAAUACAGGAAUAUGGUUGUAAGAGCUUGUGGAUGCCACUGACUCGAAACCAGCGGCAGGGGACACCUGUUCUACCUUGGAUUCCUACAUCACAUCUGCCUUAAAAACACACAGAAACAGUUAAGUGGGAUGAUAAGACUUUGAAACCAUCUCAUGCCGGUGCCUUACUGCCUAAGGGAGAUUUUAAAGGACCUUGUUAAUAAUUUGCUCACUUUGUAAACCUGAGUAGUUGCUGGUCUAUAGGAACCUGACUUUGAAUGUCUAUAGUGUAAGGUCCGGUAACUGCAAAAACAUAACCUUGAAGGCCCUCCCCUCCCCCCAAACAACCCCCCCAUCAAAAUUAGUUUUAAUUAUACAGCAAGUUAUUUGGGGGGUGUUAGUAAGUAAACAGGGAAAAUCUCAAAGGGGUAAAAGUAUUCCUGGCUAAAGUAUCCGCUGGCACUGUCUAUCAAAGGUAGGCUAUACAGGUUUCCAAAACUGGUGGGAGGAUGCCUGUAUUUAGACUUUUUUCCCAGGAAGGUCAAUUUCACAAGGGCUCGACAGCCUAGGGCUGUAGCCAGGCCUCUAUGGAGGUGCCUUUUGUCUCAAUUAUUGCUACUUGUGCUGGAGUAUUAUGUUGGUGUGAAAAUAAAUGUGCUGAUUUCAGUUGAAAU